AUGUAUAGACAAAUACCUUUAUCUGUUGCAUUCAGUAGUGAAAACCCUGACGUCAAAAUAAAGGGGAACAGAGUAACGUUUAAGUUUCCAACAGACUGGAUUGUGAACAUAAAUGAAGAGAAGUACAUUGGCAUAACAUCUAUGUAUAUAACACGUGCUUUCAGAAAGGUUGACUUUAUACUUCAAGUCGAGAUAGAAAAUGACGAACAGUCUUUAAGCGCCCAAAACAUUCACAUAUACAAAUACUUUAAAGACGAUACAACAUUGUUGCAAUGUAUGAUUUCAUUUAAUGAAAUGUUCGAGAAAAAGUUCAACAUUGAAGUACAAACUUUACAGCCUUUACGUGAGUUUCUUGCACAACUGAAAGAAGAAGGUAGUCAGCCACAACUUAUAGACUUUCAUUAUGAAUUUAAUGAAAAUGAAGAUGGAACACAUGACUGUCAGUUUGUUGUAUUCUCACCAUUCAAUGAAGUCGCUAAAGAGAAAGAAAAUCCAUUACGUAUAAGAUUUCAAAUCUCUGAACCCAAUGAAGACUUCAAGAAUGUUUUCAAUUAUGAUGCAAUGCUUCCGAGGAAAAAUGAAUUUUCAAAGAUUGUAA